UUGGAUCCCAAACUGAUGUGCUUUGGUGGAGCAAUUUUGAAAAAGGAAACCCUGGAGCAACCUCAUUGAGACAGACACAAAGAAACUAAAAUGAAUACGAAGAGGACGGCACUCUUGUUUAUCUCCCUGUGGGCUCUAUCCUGUGCUCGUCCUGUAUCCAGACACCUAGGUGCACAUCACAGGAGCUCUGAGGAACAUUGGGCUACAGCAAUUGAAGGAAGCUUGAAUGAGGUAGCUGAUUCCACAGAUGUUAGUGAUGAAGAUACAGAGAGCAGGCCAAGCACAAGCAUGGAAAACGGAAGGAAAGAUGUCAGUGAACGUGUGAGCACUAGCCAUGAGAGCAGUGAAGGCAAGAACUUCAUCAGGAAAGUUUCCAGUGGAAGCCUAGAGAGCUCUUCAGAAGAUGACCAUGAAUGGAUCACUCGGGACAAUGAUGACGGCAAUUAUUUCAGAGUCCACCACCAGACAGUUCAGAGGAAAUGGGCAGAUGACAAGGACUCCCGUGACCAUGGGGACAGUUCUGAUGAUCAGUCUGCUGGCGGAACAUCUCUGGAGGAUCAAAAUGAGGUUCACGAAGACCACAGCAAUAUCAGAAAAUCCAAAGAACAGUUUGAUGUUGAAAAUGAUGGCAUGCUUUAUUCCCCUGAUCAAGUCUUGUAUACUUUCAUGGGGAAAGGAGGAAGUGAUCUGAGCAAUGAUGAGGGUGCCAGUGGUGAUGAUGGACAUAAUGAGGAAGGCACUCAUGGGGUAACUCCAAACAAAGGAAACGAUCAGCAAACGUGGGUGACCAACGGGGAGCAAGAUGGUGACAAUGCUAUCGGCCAACGCCAUGAUGGCAGUAGUAGCAGCAGUAGCAGCAGCAGUAGUGAGAGCAGAGACCUUGAAAAAGAGAAUAACCACAUUACUGAUUACAGCAAAAAACAAGGAAGUGAUAGUUACAGCAGCAGCCAAGAGUAUAGGUAUGAUUUUGAUGACAAAGGAAUGCAAGGAGAUGACCCAAACAUCUUUGAGAGCCAUGACAGUGAUUCUCACAUGCUUCACGGAGAUGUCCAUUCAAAAGAAAGCAGCCAGGAAAGCAGCAGAGAAAAUGGGCAGAGAAAAGCGAAACAUCACAGCAAAUCAGUGGAACAGUUUGCCAGGAAAGUAUACCAUUAUGUUGAUGCUGAUUCAGAUGAAGAUCACAGCCCUGAAGAGGAAAAGUCCCUGCAGGAGGAGGAUGCUGAUUCCAAAGAAGAAAGCCAGUCUGUAGAAGACAUUAGUCAAUCAACAGAAAAUGUUCCCAGUAGAUCCAGAGAGCAUGCAACCAGUCAUUCCAGAGAGGCUGUAAAGCCUUCAUCCAGAGGGCACAGCCGCAGUCAGUCCAAAGAGACCUUUGACAGCCGGUCCAGGGAAGAUGCGCACAGCCACUCCAGGGAAGAUGCGCACAGUCGAUCCAGGGAAGAUGCGCACAGUCGAUCCAGGGAAGAUGUGCACAGUCGAUCCAGGGAAGAUGCGCACAGUCAAUCCAGGGAAGAUGCGCACAGCCACUCCAGGGAAGAUGAGCACAGUCACUCCAGAGAAGAUUCUCACAGUCAAUCCAGGGAAGAUGCACACAGCCCCUCCAGGGAAGAUGUGCACAGCCGAUCCAGGGAAGUCAGGCACAGCCAGUCCAGGGAAGAUGUGCACAGUCAGUCUAGGGAAGAUGCACCCAGCCACUCCAGGGAAGAUGCAGAUAGCCAGUCCAGAGAACUCAGGGCUAGUCAGUCUAGAGAGGAUGAGAACAGUCAAUCUAGAGAGGGUGAUGACACUGCAUCAGCAGAAGACGUAAAGAGUGAAUCCACUGAAGACAGCAGGGACUCCUAUGAGAAGACUUUGAAAAAAUCUGUAGAGAUAAGCGACAGAUCAGAUGAACCCAUUGUUAGCAGAUCUAAAGAGCAGGAGAGUGACUCUACUGAAGAAGUAGGAAAAGUGCCACCGAGGGGCAGUGAAUCCAGGGAGUUUAAGAGACAACACAGCAGAUCAGGUGAGAAGAGCACAUCUACAGAAGAGAGUGAAGAAUCAUCCGAGGACACAGAGGAAUCCAGCCAGGGUGACAGCAGGUUGUCUCAAAGUGCGUCGUCUGAGAGCAGCAAAGAUUCCCAAGACAGUGCCAGCAGUGAAGACAGCGAUUCGAAUGCUCUCCGGUCCGAAGAAUGGCAAGGCCAGCAGAGCAGAUCAACAGAAAGCAGUGAAUCCAAAGGCGAGGAGAACAGUCGUUCUAUAGAAGGGGAAUCCAGCCAAUCCAGAGAGGACACAAAGAGCAAUUCUGAAAGUACAGAAGACGACAGCUGGUCAAGGAGCAUGGAGCUAGAAAGCCGAAAGUUAAUGCUUGACAUUUAUCAUAAUAAGCCUUUUAGCGAUUACGAUGAUAACGAUUGCCAGGAUGGGUAUUAAAGCACUAAAAACAAACCCAACUCUACGUAAUAUUUUGAGGUCAAGAUGCGACCUCAUAUUUUAAUUUAUUUUAUCAUUUUUAGCAAUGUGAAUAUUGAUAACAGGAAAUUAGAGUCACCGCUGAAUUUCAGUUAAAGUGAAAUUCAAGAUGGAUCCUCUCUGGGGAGUAAGAUUAGCAGAACAAACCACGUGAGGUUCGACACACUACCAAGUUGCCACGGAAUUCUAUCUAAAGCACAAGUCAAAGCAAAUGUUGAGGUUCCUCCUCAGGUAAAACACCUGAGUAAUUCUGAGGGAGACUAAAAUAUUGCAACAACACCUCAGAACAGUGGAAGCCACCAGGAAUUUUGCCUGACACAGGGCAGUUCCAUGCAGAA